UGUGCGACUUGUCGGGGAAUGGCUGGAAGCAUCCGAGGGCCUGAACGGAGGAUCGUCCUGGUGGGCAAAACAGGAAAUGGGAAAAGUGCGACAGGAAACACAAUUUUGGGAAGCAAAGUCUUUGAGUUUGGCCGGUCAUCUUACUCAAUAACAGAAGCAUGCCAAAAAGAGGAGACACAGUUGAAUGGCAGAAAGGUUGUGGUUGUUGAUACACCUAGCUUUUUCCACACCAGUCGUUCAAACACAAAUAUUGCUACAGAAGUGAGCAAGUGCAUAAAGUUUUGCACCCCAGGUCCUCACGUCAUUCUGCAGGUGAUGCGUCCUAGCCGUUUCACCCAGAAUGAGAAGGAUAUGGCUCAGCUGAUCAAAGAGAUUUUUGGCCUGAAAGCCAAGAAUUACAUCAUCCUCUUGUUCUCCCGCAAAGAUUACCUGAAAGGUGAAUCUCUGGAAAACUUCAUAUCUGCCCAAGAUGAAAACCUGAAGGAAUAUAUUGCUGAAUGUGGGAACCGGUGCCUGGCUUUCAACAACGAGGCCGAAGGGGAAGAACGAGAGGCUCAGGUGGCUGAACUGAUGGUCAUGAUUGAUGAUCUGGUGCACAGGAACAAAUAUGCUCCUUGUUACACAGAAGACAUGAUGAACUUCGAUGAAACCCACAAGUUCUGAUCGUUUCCCUUUCCAUCAGAGGUCAGAAAGUCUCUCUAAUUAAACCUCUGCUC